AUGAUUUAUCCAAAAAAUAAACUAUAAUCAGCAGGGCAAGCGACAUUGUCUCGUAAAAACUACACUUCUGAAUAACGGGAAGAAAUUAAAAGAUAAAUAGCUGAUAGAUUAUCAAAGAAGUAUGGUUUGGAUUUGACAGAAUAAAUACAUGCAAAAGUGAAUAGCUAUCUUAAUCAAAAUUAAACUAUAACUGCCGAAGGGUAUUUGAGUUUAUUAAAUAUAUAGGAUCUAAAAUUUAGAAUAGGAAAUAAGUCGCUAAAAGGCAUUGCCACAAUUAUAAUAGUAGUAAUCUUCAAAUCAAGUCAAGUAAAAAGAUGAAGAUGAUUAAAAAUCAGUUGUUUCAAAAAUGUCAGGAGCUUCCAAUUUUGAUAUGGUUGAUUAAUACACACAUAAAACUGAAAAAAACACAGAAGAAAAGAAGAGCUAGAAAAUGACUGGCUUGCAUACCAAGAAAAUUGAGAAUGAUUUGGCAUUUCUUAAUGAAGAAAAUUAGUGGGGUGCAAUAUACAAAUACAAUAAAUAUCUCUAUGAUAAGGAAACUGACAUUAAAAAAUAAAGGGAAGUAGAAAGAAAGAAAAAGAUUAAAGAAGAAUUGGAUAAAUAAGUUAUUGAAAAAUAAUCUAAAAAAAGUGUGAGCAAAAAGGAAGAAAAUGCAUUCUAUGAAAACUAGUUGUAUUAAUGCACAUUAUUUGAUUAAAAAGAAUAAGAAAAAAUUGAAAGAGUAUGUCUGUUCUUAAUUAUUAGGCCAAACAAAUUAAAAUGAUUGAGAAAUAAGCCAGAGAUUAGCAAGUCAAGGAAAUUAAGAAGAAUAGAAGAAAUGAAGAGAAAUAAGAAAAGGCUUUAGAUAGCUAUAUGAUAUAAAAAGUAAGAGAAGAAUUAGAUGAUGAAUAAAAAUUCCUCUAAUUCAAAAAAGAACAUCAAUAUUAGGUCAUGUAAAAGUUAAUGGCUGAAAACGAAGAAAAGAAAAAACUGUAAGAGAAGGAAAAAGAAGAUGAAAGACAAGAGAAUAUCAGAUUAAUGGAUGCAUAUUGCAAAUUAUUAGAUAAAUAAGAAGAAGAAAGGCAGAAAGCUAUGAAAGAAAGAGAUGAAAAAAUUAAGCAAUAUUAAGAGAAGGCUAUGGAAAUGUAAGAAAAAGAACUGGAAAGUAAAACAGAUAUCUAUUUCGUUAGAAAAAAUUGGAUAAUUAGAAAAAAGAGCAGAUAAAUAUGAACAAAGAAAGGAGAGAAGACUAUAAGAAUUAGAAAAAGAAGCCGAAAGAAAGAAGUGGGAAACUAAAUUAAAAACAAGAGAGUAUUUGAAUAAAUAAAUGGAGGAAAAGGAGGUACAAAAACAAAGAGAAAAAUUAAAGGAUCAAGAAUAAGUAAAUAAAUUGUAAAACUUAGGCUACUUUGUGGAAGGAAGACACUACUAAUUAUUUUUAAUUUGAAAAAGAUAGAGACAUUGAAAAAAAGAAAAUCUAUAAGGAAUAUUAAGAUACAUUACUUGAACAAAUGAAAGAAAAGUCUUAAGCCAAAAAGGGAAUAAUUGACGAAAUGCUUAGACAUGAAUAAAUGUUAAGUAAAAACACAUUGUCAGAUUUGGAUCAAAUGAGACAAACAGUUCAAUGA